UGUAAGAGAGUGCCCUUUCACCAAAGAAAUUGUCGCCGGCUGAGCUUAAACCCUAACCCUAGCUACCUUCUCCCCGAUCGCCUCUCUCCACUGAUUUGAGCGGUGAUGGGCGACGGCGUCACCGACGCCGAGCAAAGCGGCGGCGGCCCUAGCCGCGGCGAGCUCCUCCCCUCUUCUGCUCUCCUCUUCUCUCAGACGCACCCUAGAGGGCGAAGGCGAUGGCCCCGCGGUCUAUCAAGGAGUGUGAGUGGUGAUAGAUCCGCUAGCAGGUGGGCGGUACGGGCGCUGAGGCCGUGAGGGGAAGACGGCGAGCUCGCGCCGGUGGGCUGUACUGAUGCCCGCACGGCAACGUCGGCGAUGCCCACUUCCUGGCUAGGCCGCACGGCAGUGAUUAUCUCUCCGGUGGCUACUCUAAGUCGAGAAGACAACAGUGGACGUUAUUCCCUCCCCUAACUAUAUCGGCAUUAUCCAAUAAAGUAGUGCGCUCGCACCAGGAGGGCCAGGAAGGAUGAGUGGGAGUGGUGGUGUCGACUGGAGAGAGGACAAACAAAAUUACACCCAAAAAGUUAAAUCAGAUUGCUUGCUUGAGCGAUGACGCACCCGACGCACUAUGGGAUGAUGCAAGCAUUGGACGAAAUCUCAGGAAGAUUGGACUCCAAUCUGAAGAUGACAGGACAGAUUUUAAUCAAUGGACGGUCUCAGAAGCUUGCCUUUGGAACAUCAGCAUAUGUUACUCAAGAGAACGUGCUGAUGACGACGCUGACGGUGAGAGAGGCCAUCUACUACUCGGCGCAGAUCCAACUACCGGACACCAUGACAGUGGCAGAAAAGCUAGCACGCGCCAACGACACGGUGAGGGAGAUGGGGCUCACCAGUGCACUGGACACUCGGAUCGGCGGGCGGUCAAGCAAGGGCAUCAGUGGCGGGCAGCAGAAGAGGCUGAGCAUUUGCCUCGAGAUCCUCACGCGCCCCCGGCUGCUCUUCCUCGAUGAGCCCACCAGUGGCCUCGAUAGUGCCGCCUCCUUCCAUGUCAUGGGCCACAUCACGGGGCUCGCUGCUAGGGAGGGCAUGACGGUUGUUGCCGUCGUGCACCAGCCUUGCAGUGAGGUGUUCGAACUCUUCCAUGGCCUAUGCCUGCUCGCCGCCGGGAAGACCAUCUUCUUCGGCCCUGCUUCAACAGCUGCCGAGUUCUUUGCCUCAAAUGGCUACCCUUGCCCUCCAAUGAGAAAUCCAUCAGAUCAUUUCUUGAGGACCGUAAAUAAAGAUUUUGAUAAGGAGAGUGAAGAAAGACUGUACUACAUGCCAGCUGUUGCAGAUGAAGCAAUAGACAUUUUGGUGAACUCAUACAAAUCAUCCAACACUUCAGAAGAUGCAAAACAGGAAAUGCGUCACAUAAAUGAAAUGGAUAGCGCGGCGAUUGGAAGAAACCGACCUGGUUUUGUUACCAAGAUGUUUGUGCUUACCAGACGUUCAUUUGUCAACAUGUAUAGAGAUGUUGGAUACUAUUGGUUGCGAUUGGCCAUCUAUGUUUCCAUAAGUGUUUGCCUUGGGACCAUAUUUUACAAUGUGGGCUAUGGACCUGAUUCAAUUCGAGCUAGAUCAUCAAUGCUAAUGUUUAUUGGCACAAUGCUAACCCUGAUGUCUAUUGGAGGGUUCCCAUCCUUCGUGGAGGAUAUGAAGAUAUUCAGGAGGGAAAGGCUAAAUGGGUACUACGGUGUGACCACAUUUGUCAUCUCCAAUACGCUAUCAUCAACACCAUAUCUUCUCCUUAUUGCUGUAGUACCUGGUGCAAUUGCAUACUAUCUUACUGGCCUACAAAGCCAAGUAGACCAUUUCGUGUAUUUUGCACUGGUACUAUGUUCGUGCACAAUGCUAGUCGAAGGCCUAAUGAUGAUCGUAGCAACCAUCGUACCAGAUUUCCUGAUGGGGAUUAUCACAGGUGCUGGCAUACAAGGUAUUAUGAUGCUCACUAGUGGAUUCUUCCAACUUCCCAAUAACCUUCCAAAGAUAUUGUGGAAAUACCCAAUAUACUACAUCUCCUUUCACAAGUAUGCACUUCAGGGGUUUUAUAAGAAUGAGUUCUCAGGUUUAGUUCUCCAAACUAACAUUGAAGGUCCGAAAAUAGUUAUCGGUGAAAAAGAUAUCGCUGAGUUAUUUCAAGUGGAAAUGGGGUAUUCAAAAUGGGUGGAUCUUGCAGUACUUUGUGGAAUGAUCAUCACCUAUAGGCUCCUAUUCGUAGUGAUUAUCAAGGUUUUUGAUUUUGUCAAGCCCAUGCUUAAGGGGGUGACAUUUAGGUGCCACACUAAAUUUGUUUAUGGCGUGGAGAACCUUUGUGCUCCGUUGUGAUGCUUCUGGGAAAACAUAUUAGCAUUGUUGUAUAUAUUGCUUUGUGUACAAAAUAUAUAUUUAGAAAAACAAUUGUAUUGUGAAUUGAUUAUUAAGUCUUUCGUGACUAGCAUCAAAGUGAUCACGGGACAAUUAUGUAUCACAAACUAUGUUUACUGAAUAAAGUGUUUCCAAAU